AUGAAAGCAGAGACAGAGGUCUCCCAAACCGUCGAAGUAGUUGCGAGCGAAGUCGACAGCCGACGAGUUGAGUCGCCUGAUGAGUCGCCUGACGAAACGCAGGAGGCAGCCAAGUCUGCAACGCUGACAGGAUGGGCUCUCGCCUCUUUGACCGUGGCCUUUAUGUCCAUUUGCUUCGUUUUAGCACUUGACAAUACAAUCCUAGCGACGGCGAUACCACAAAUCACCAGCGAUUUCAACUCCCUCAACGAUAUCGGAUGGUAUGGCUCAUCCUACCUCAUCGCCCAGAUGGCGUUACUGCCGACGUGCGGGCGAAUCUACGCAUGCUACAACAUCAAGUGGGUGUACUGCCUUUCGCUUGUCGUCUUCGAGCUCGGCUCCAUUAUCUCGGCCGUCGCGCCAAACUCGAUUGUACUCAUCGUCGGGAGAGCCAUCACGGGCAUGGGUGCUGCGGGUCUAGUGAGCGGGACGACGACGAUCCUGGCGUACUCGGUGGCGUUGAAGAUGCAGGCGAAGCUGUCGCCCGUUGUUCUAGGCAUGUAUAACAUUGGAUCAACAGUAGGACCGCUCGUAGGCGGUGCUAUCACGGAUAACAAAAGGCUCACUUGGCGCUUUGUUUUCUGGAUCAAUCUCCCUUUCGGGGCGGUGGGUUUGGCCCUUGUAUGGUUCACGCUUGGCAAACCCCCACCUGCAGUCAAGGGUGGCCUCCCAUGGACUCAGAAGAUGCGUCACCUUGACAUCCCGGGAGCUAUUCUUCUCCUUGGUGCCACCGUCUGCCUGAACUUGGCUCUGCAGUGGGGUGGUAUCGUUUACCCAUGGUCAGAUUCGCGGGUUUAUGGUUGUCUCAUCGGACUUGCUUUAAUUCUGCUUGCCUUUCUGGGGAUGCAGUACUUUGGAAAGGAAAAUGCGACUAUCCCUCUACACCUAUUCGUAAAUCGCACGGCAUGGGCUUCAUUUGGGUUUAUGAUGUUGGUUCAGACCGCUAUAGUUUUGCAGUCGUACUUUUGGCCUAUAUAUUUUCAGUCGGUCCGGGGUGAUAGUGCGAGAGACUCUGGGGUCAAGCUCCUUCCGCUCGUCAUCUCCAACAGCCUUGGCAUGCUCGCCGGAGGCUGGACUGCCUCGAAGACCCGGCAUUAUGUACCGUUAAUGUGGAUAGGAGCUCCACUCCUCGCCGUCGGCGGCGGCCUGUACCAGCUCAUGCAGAAGGAUACUCCCGCUGGUCCCUGGAUCGGUUAUCAGAUAAUCUCGGGUGCCAGCUACGGCAUGUGCAGCCAGAUGCCCAUCCUGGCGGUCCAGGUCGUCCUAGCCAAGGCUGACAUCCCCACGGGCCUCGUGGUGGUUAUGUUCUUCCAGAUGCUGGGAGGUGCCCUGGCACCCGCUGUUGGGCAGAAUCUCCUGACUGACAAGCUCCUUCGGAUCUUGAACGGUUUGCCGGGAGUCGACGGGGCGGCGGUGGUGGCAGCCGGUGGGAAGGGGUUCACUGAAAUUAUUCCCCCAGAGUUGAUGGACGUGGUCCUAGAUGCGUACAACUCGGCGUUGAAGAACGUGUUCUGGGUAGGCCUUGCCACGCCGGCUGCUGCUUGGCUCUUCAGUUGGAUGAUGGAGUGGCGUCAAUUGCCGGACUCCGAUGCCGCGCCGAUGGACGCUCAUCAAGAGGAAAGUUCUUUGGAAGAAAAAGCGACCAACAAGGAGGAGACUACCACAUCUUGA